AUGAGGGCACGCACGCAUUAUGGGCCAUGUGAGGCGCAUUUUGCUUCCUCAGAGACCCCCCUUAAGGAUGCCUGGGAGGCGUUUCUUCAGUCUGAAUCAAUUGGAGAAGCGCAGAAGGGGCUUGCUGCCUUGCAAGCAGCGCGGGAAGCAGCAGCAGCUGCUGCUGCUGCUGCUGUUGCUGUCGGUGCUACGUCGCCUUCUUCUGCGAACGCCCUAAGCCUGGAACUUGCAGCUUCGACGAGCCUCGCCCUCAGAUUGGAGGAGGUGGGCAAACACGAAGAAGCGCUCGCCCUGUACAGCCGUCUCGCAGCGGACAUGCGGCUGCCGGAGUCCCGCAAAAUGCUGAAGGCGAACAUCGGAAGGGUUCUGCUGCAGCAGCAAAAACCUAGGGCUGCCCUUAAGGCAUUUAAAGCUGCUCUAGACAACAUCCCCCUCCCUACCGUUGGACAGGGGUACAAGCUGUUGCGGGCUCAACUGCUUCGCAGUGCGGGCACUUGCCACUUUUGUAUGGGGCGCUACAUCGAGGCUGCUACGGAAUAUGAGCAGGCUAUACAGCUUGCCCCACAAGAUAGUGGCUCUGUGGCGUCAUGCCUGAACCUACUGCUUUGCUAUCUUGCCACUGGAGAAACUGCACGCAUGCAAGACGCCUUUAUCACGAUGCUCACGCUAAGGAAGGAACAGAUGCAUUUCUACGGCGCGGGCUCUCUAGACUCCAAAGAGCGCUUGUGCAUUUACACGGUUGCAUGCGAUCAUGCGCAUUCCAUGUACAAGAAAGUGGCACCAACAGCAGAUAUGCCUCUCUUUAAUUUUUACGUCCUCACGGUAUCAUGCUAUUUACAUGCUCCUGCCCUGUGCGCCUCCCUGGCUCUGCACAUAUUGAUAAACAUGUUCGGCGCAGCCCGCAAUGUGCCUCGGCUGUCUGAAGCCUUUGAGGAAACCAACGCCAAUGCCAUGCACGCUGAUGAAGCCCUGGAACAUCCCAGCGAAGCACAUGCUAACUCUACAAUUCUCAAGGCAGCGCGCCUCCUAGCCACAUGCGGGGAAGCACAGCCGGAUACUGCAUACGAGCGCAUUGCUUCUGCCCUUCAGCAGCACGGCUUUGACGACCUGGCUGAGGAGGUACAGCUGGAGCGGGCAAUGCGGUGGCUACGAGGGGGCCAGGUGGACCCAGCAAUUGCUGCCUACAAAGCAUUCAAGUCAAGGAGGUCCAGUCUAGCACUGCGCUCAGCAACCAACCUUUCUUUCAUUUUUCUUCUUGAAGGAGACAUCGAGCAAGCUGCUACGUAUGCGGGGAUGGCGGUUGAAGCUGACAGGGGGAGCGCUAGGGCACUGGUGAACAAGGCGUGCACUCUCUCUCAGAGAAAAGAGCUUGACGACGCUGCGAAACUGUUUGAAGAUGCGGCAGCGCUAGAUUCCCGUUGCCCAGAGGCAUUCUACAAUCUGGCUGUCACACUCCACAAGCUCGGGAGGUUGAGGCCAUGGGAUCUGGACUCCACAAGCUGGAUAGGUGUGAACUUGGUGAAAAGUUCAUCAUACAGAGAAGCCUUUGACUACUUUUCCUUGGCGUCUCAGCUGCAGCCAUCCGCGGGAAAGUGGCGCCUAAUGGCUGCUUUUUGCUUGCGCAAGUCUGGACAGCUACAUGCAGCACUUACUCUGUAUGAAUCCCUUUAUAAGGAGUUUCCGGGGGACGAAAAUGUGCAAAGUGGCCUAAAACGCAUUAGAACAGCUCUGGGGCUCCAGGCGGACUGA